AUGGAUGAAGACUUAUGCAUUCUUGAGCAAGAGUAUUGCCCACCAAUAGACCCUGGCUUGAUUUCCGCCAUCUACUUCGAUUAUGCCGGGCAGGAGAACGCGAUUGGCUCUGCCAGGCAGUUGCUUGAUGUGUUGAAGGCGACGGCUGCAGAAGAAGCCCUCACCGACUUCAAUCCCUCAGGCUACAACGAAACCCCCGGCCAUGAGAGUCCAGAAAAACUCAGCACCGAUGCUGAGUCGAACGCCGAUACAUGGGCCACGCAGACGGUCUUGACGGACAUCUCGAACUUGUCGAAUGACAUGACUAUACUGAGCUUGAGCGCGCGGUCAGUAAGCGGCUCAGAGGGAUCAAACGAUGGUGGCUAUUUCAAGGACACAGAGCACUUCGAUACCCCGACGAAGGAGCUGCUGCUGGCAGAGACAUUUCCGAGCCUCUCCUUGGAAAAGAUUACAUACACCUUGAAGAAAUGCGGCAAUGACUUCAGCAAGGCGACCGAUGAGUUGCUGAACCAUGUCUAUUUCGAGGAUACCAGGACAAGCCCGAUCGAGGGAGGAUCCGUAGUAAAGGGUAUCGAUGCCUUCUCGGAAGACCAUCACGUUCCACAUCGGGGAAAAAAGGGCAAAGCUAAGAAGAAGAAGAAACUGACAGUGUAUAGUACGGAUACAGCUUAUUCGUCCGAGCCAGAUACAUUAAGAGCUCCGCCCACAAAUCGAUGGCAGAAUACCAGUCGCGACGUCGAAUUCAUCACGUCGCGUACAAGCUUAUCCGCAAAAUCAGUCUCGUCGCUCUAUCACACGAAUGGUGCAUCAUUAUCAGCGACUCUACUAGAAAUAGUUCGCAAAGAUAUAAAGGCGCAUGAAAAGGACGGAGAGCCCGACGCCGCCCUAGUGCAAGACGCGAUAGUCCUAAACGCAGACUUCACAACACUCGAUCUCGAACACGCCCUCGCUCUAGUGCGCCUCGCAACCCCCUCAACAACAAAAGCACACGAGCUUGCAAAAGCACUCACUGAACAGCCCGCAAGCGAAACGGGUGGAAAGGGGGGCAUCAAGUUAGAUCUACGCUACGCUCCCAUCAACCUCUCAGAUCCGACGUCCGAAUCCUCAAAGCUGCCAACCCUAACACCUUCCGCACGUCCACGCGACGCCGCCUCCACCGCCCGCGCCCGAAGCGAAGCCUUCCAGAAUGCAUCCGCCGCCUACCGCAAAGGCCGAUCGACGCCGCUCAUGAAAGCAGUAGCAGGAUACUACGCACAGGAAGGGCGCGAUCUCAACGCCAACUUGAAAGCCAUGAGUGCAGCCGAAGCCGACGCAUUCGUCUCUUCGCAAUCUGGACCCGCCUAUCUGGACUUGCACGGCGUUACUGUAGCAGAUGCGACGCGCAUCGCGAAGCAACGGACGCAGAUCUGGUGGGAUGGCUUGGGCGAGAAGAGGAUCCCUUCGUGGAGCGGUGCGGGCAAACGUGGGGGCGGGGAGGCGUAUACUAUCAUCACAGGCUUGGGGAGACAUAGUGAGGGUGGGAGGGGCAAGUUGGGGCCUGCGGUUGCGAGGACGCUGGUCAAGGAGGGGUGGAAGGUUGAGAUUAACUCAGGAGAGCUGCUCGUCACUGGUCUUGCGAGGAGGAGGUGA